GGACCUCGGCAGCCAUCGCGCUUUGCAGUUCGAACUAGAAGGUUGUAGGUCGGACUCCAGGUGGGGAAUUGCGAUCUGCCCAUUCGCAGACCCAGUAAGAUUUCGAUAUGUCCUUUCGAUAUUUGACUGGAUUUACAGUGGUUUCAGCAGUGUGCUACAGUUUUUAGGAUUAUAUAAGAAAACUGGUAAAUUGGUAUUUCUUGGAUUGGAUAAUGCAGGAAAAACAACAUUGCUACACAUGCUAAAAGAUGACAGACUUGGACAACAUGUCCCAAUGUUACAUCCCACUUCAGAAGAACUAACCAUUGCUGGCAUGACCUUUACAACUUUUGAUUUGGGUGGACAUGUGCAAGCUCGAAGAGUGUGGAAAAACUACCUUCCUGCUAUCAAUGGCAUUGUAUUUCUGGUGGAUUGUGCAGACCAUGAAAGGCUGUUAGAAUCAAAAGAAGAACUUGAUUCACUAAUGACAGAUGAAGCCAUUGCUAAUGUGCCUAUACUGAUUCUUGGGAAUAAGAUUGACAGACCUGAAGCCAUCAGUGAAGAGAGGUUACGAGAGAUGUUUGGUUUAUAUGGUCAGACAACAGGAAAGGGCAAUGUAUCUCUGAAGGAACUGAAUGCCCGACCCUUAGAAGUUUUCAUGUGCAGCGUGCUCAAAAGGCAAGGUUACGGAGAAGGUUUCCGUUGGAUGGCACAGUACAUUGAUUAACAACCACUUGCAUCGGUUCCAGGUCUCAUCAUUCAGGCCUACUCAGAGAUUUGAUCCACUCAACAUGCAUAACUUGAAUUCAAUAGACUUUUGUUGGUUAGAAAACAGAUUUUUUUAGAUUAUUAAUAUUAUAUCAACUUAAUUUGAGUGCAAAUUGAAAACUGAUUCAAGUUUGAGUAUCACAAUGUUAGCUUUCUAAUUCCAUAAAAUAGUUUAUACAGUUUAUAAUCUGACAUUAUCCCCAGUGCCAUUUAUAAAGAACAACUUUCCAGCAGUACAUUUGAAGCACUUUUUAACAACGUGAAGCUACGAAUACAAACCAUGUUUAAAAGCUCAUCAUGUUAAAUUUUUAUGUACUAUUUUGGAACUAGUUUUUAAAUUUUAGAUUAUAUGUCCACCUAUCUUAAGUGUACAGUUAAUAAUUAGGUUAUUGAUGAUUGCAUGAUGCCUUACAGUUUUCAAUAAUAUUUUUUCUUAUGCAAACGUCAUGCAAUAAAACAUAUCCUGAUGUUUGGCAAAAAAAAAAAAAAAAAAAAAAAAAA